GCCUUCCAUUAAUUAGAAGCAGGAAAAGAAAUUAUCUAAAGCUGGGAAGCCACUGGGCGAUGCUGCGCACGCGCAGCAGCCUAUCUUCCUCCCCUCCCCCUUUCCCCUCGAAGGUUGCUAACAGUUACUCUUCUCCGUGAACAAACAGCGGGUCUAGGGCCAUGUUAGGCAACUACAACCGCGGCACGCCCCAGGCGGGCACCAGCCGCCAGCGGGAUUCGCUCCCCCUCGCCCCGCGAGAAGCGAGCGGCUGUCGGACCCCGCAGCGAAGCCAGGGCAUCGACGACCGGGGCGAUGGUUUCGCGGCGGCGGAGGACGAGCCCUGCCCGGCUCCCGGUGGCUCAGAGCCGAACUUCGAGAUGGAGGGCGACGACGGCAAGCGGCGCCUGAUCCGCCACCAGUACCGGGAGCUCAUCCAUAACGUUCAGCAGCAACGAGAAGAUAUGUUGAGUUCAAAAAGCAACAAAUUAACAGAUGCACUUGAACAAGCCAACCAGCUGUUUAACAGAGUGUCCCAAGCCAGAGAAGCAGCCCUAGAUGCCCAGUUUCUUGUGUUGGCUUCAGACUUGGGUAAAGAAAAAGCAAAUCAGUUGCAUUCUGAUAUGACCUUAUUUGAUCCAACAUCGUAUACUGAAGAUUUACUUAAGUAUAUGGGCCUAAAUCGUCUUGAAGUAGAAGAAAGUGAUAGUGAGGAAGAAUGUCUUCUUAUUGGAUUCUUACCUGAAGAUUCCUGGCUCAGAGUAGGAAUAAUAUCAAUAAAAUACUUAAAGUUUGCUCCAACAUUCCACUUUUUGUUUGGUUCAUUCAAGACUGAUCCUCCUGUGCCAAAGCCACGGAAUGAACGUCAGAGAAGAAAAGAUAAGAAAGAAGAAGAAAGGGCCAUGCCUGCCGAGGUGAAAAAAAUGGAGGAGUCCCAACAAGAGGCUACAGAAAAAGAGGUAGAGAGGAUCCUGGGAUUACUGCAGACCUAUUUUGGAGAAGAGCCUGAGACUCCUAUAUCCUUCUUUGACUUUGUGAUUGAUCCAAAUUCUUUUGCCCGAACGGUGGAAAAUAUUUUCCAUGUUUCCUUCAUUGUAAGGGAUGGCUUUGCAAGAAUAAGGCUUGACCAAGAUAAACUGCCAAUAAUAGAGCCCAUUACCCAUGGUAAUGAGGAAAGUGAACAACAGAAUACCCAGAUCAGGCACCAAGACGUUAUAUCACUGAGUUAUCAAGACUGGAAGGACAUUGUGAGAACUUUCGAAAUUUCACAGCCUAUGAUCUCUCCUCCAUGCUGUAGCAAGUAAAAUCCAAGCUUUCCAAGGUGUCCUAAAUGAAAAUUGGCACCUCAAAUGGAAGGAAGCAUAUAACAUUUAUUGUAUUAUGAAAUGUGUUUUUCAGAGAAUCAGAUGUUUAGGUUUUUUUGUUUAUGUGUAUUUUAUUUUAUUGUUUUUGAAGCUGCCCUGCUUUCCUCUGAUUAAAGAGAUUCACUGCCAUAUCUGUA